AUGAAUCUUUUAUCGAAAUAUGCUGGCAAAUUUUCACUUCCUGAUCAUUCUGAUGAUGAUGCUGAGAAAUACCAAAAAAUUGCAGAGAAAGCUCAUAAACAUUUAACAUCUACUGGAGGACAUGAAGCAGAAAUUGAUCAUGAAUCAGUUCUUGACAAACAUAAGAAAAUUUAUGAAUCGGGAAAUGUAACGGAACAUUCUGAUGAAGAACUUGGUCACGCAGCAGCUUUUGAAGCAUUGAAAAAAAUGUGUAGCAGUGGAUCAUAUGAUAAAUCUGAACUUCUUUCAUUGGCAAUGAGUGAAGGCAUGAAACUUUGGGAAAAAAGACAAUCCUCUGGUGGUAGUAGUGAUGGCGGAAAAGCGGUGGUUUAG